UAUCCGCGGAGCUGCCUCGUCGAACCGAGUACAGCCGACGUACUGGACCCUGGAUUUUCGUUGGAGGAUUGGAAGGCCUGACACCAAUCUAUCCAGGCUGUCGGUUCUCGGGAGCAUGAACCCCGGUCCGGCACACAAGCGACGGCGGCCUGCCGUGGCAUGUACGGAGUGUCGUCGGCGAAAGAUCCGGUGCGACCUUGUUCGUCCCUGCGGACCCUGCAGUAGGUCACAGACGCCCCUGCGAUGCGUGUACAAUAACGGCGACAACGACAAUGACGCCGACAAUAACAACCCGAACCCGAGUCCGGUCUACGACGGCCACCUCGAUGACCCCAUGGAGUACGGAGUACGCGGUCAGGUAGGCUACUGUCGGUCGAUCCUGGACUUAAGUCAUGAAGUCUCCGGUCUUGAAAGACACGCUCCAGAUCUGGGAUUGUUUCCCUUUAACAUGAUGACGCCUCUACACCAGGAUGACGCCGAAGCAGGCUUCAUCGACAUCGACAUCGACCAGGACUUGGACCACUUUGGUUUUGGCUGUUCUCGUGCCAAACGCAGGUCCGGGGACUCGCCUACGACGAGCCCGUCCUUUUUCGGCAAAUCACCUACCUGGACAAGCAUGAGCUCCCGGUCUGCCAGGACGUCAAACCAGCACCGGAAGUUAUCGUUGAGUUUGGACUCAGGCUCAGGCUCGGGCUCAGGUCCAGGCUCGGAGCCUCGAGUUGCCGUUGAGUCCAGCGGGAGCGAGUGUGAGAAUCAUUGGUACGACGUAUUUGCACGAUGUAAAAAGCUGCAGUUUCUUGUCCACGGCAUUGCAAGCCGUUCACUUCAUGACAGCUUCGUGCCCCUGCAGCCCCAGCAGAAAUCGGUGCAGCCUCUAAUGGAGAGAUUCACAAGGUUGGAGCGCGUCAACCAGCAUGAGCGCGAGUGCAGAGCUCUCACCAGAACAUCGGGCUGGCCUCCAACUGCGCCUUCAACCCCUUGCGCAGUACGAGACUUGUUGCCGUCGCGCCCGAUAUGCGACGUCCUCCUCAAUGCAUAUAUCAAUACUUUCGAGUCGGUGCUGCGCAUCCUCCACGUGCCAUCGUUUCUGCGCGACCAUGAACGCUUCUGGACAAGCUCCACGUCGCGGUCCGAGGAUCCGGACGAGCCGUUCCAAUGCAAGCUCCUUGUUGCCAUUGCUAUUGGAUCUUGCACAUGUGCCAAUCUCGACGUUUCCCUCCGCAAGCAGGCGGGCAGCUGGAUUUCCCAUGGUAAGCAGUGGCUCACAUGGAAGAUGGGUCAAGGCUCGCGUCCAGAUUUGGACAUGGCCCAGAUCGCGUGUCUCCUUGCUCUAGCGCGCCAUACGCACCACCAUCAUCAUGAUGCAUUUUUGAGCGACACCGAAUGGUUCCCAAGAGGGCAUGAUCUGACGCGCAUGGCGAUCCAGAUGGGCCUGCACCGAGAACCGCGCAUCCGCUCCCCCGGCAUGUCCGCAAGAGAAGCCGAGAUUCGGCGGCGGCUGUGGGCAACCAUGCUUGAGCUGUCCCUGCAGCUAUGUUUUGAUCAAGGACUGCCGGCCCCUCUCGCGCCCGAGAGCUAUGACUGCGAGGCGCCGUCCAACAUCCCGGACGAGGACAUUGCAUUGGGCCUGGAAUUGUCCGACUGCCCCGUGAAAUCCACGUCAUCAACGCUCCUCGUGCUUCUGGCCCGGACGCAGCGACUCCGUCUCCAAAUCCUGCACCUCGUCAACGCCACCGGUGCCACCAGGACGUAUGACGACAGCCACCAGCUCGCAGCCGAGAUGAACGACGCCUGUUGCGCCGACCUGGACACGUUGCGCCUCGCGUCGACGCCCAAGCCCACCAAUUUCCAGAUCAAGCUUCUGGACAUGUUCACCCGCCCGUUUGUGCUUGCGCUCCACGGGCCGUUCGCCGACCAGGCCACGGGCAAACCGGCAUACUACUACUCGCGCAGGGCACGCCUCGAGGUGUCUACGCUGCUCCUAGCAUACCCGCCGCUGCCAGCAUCCACAUCCGCCGAGGCGGAUCCGGGCGCCACGGCGACAACAACCAACCAGCCCAAGGCCACGACACCAUCGACAUCCGAAUCCACCAGCACCGAGCCGGACCAGGACGCCUACGCGGCACUCCGCAUCCACGGGCACGGGCACUUCGCGCUGGUGCAGCGCCAGGCCACGGCGGCCCUGUGCGUGGAUCUGAUGGGCGAGCUAGAGGAGAACGCGUUCCCGACGCUGGACGGCGGGGCGUCGCGGCAGCAGCUGCGCGACGUGCUGCGGGGCGCGGUGGGGACGUUCGAGCGGCGGGUGCGGGCGUCGGGAGGGGCGCACUCGGCGCGCGAAUUCGUCUUCUUCUCGUGCGCCGAGGCGUUCAUUGGGGCCAUGGUACAGCAGCAGGGGCAUCGCGGUGACGGGUCGAGAUCAUCCCGCGACGCCGACUGGGCGAUCGCUGGGGCGGCGCGCACCGCCUUGGCCAUAUGCUGCGAGGUGAUGGAGCUUCACCGGCGCGAGGCUUGUGCAUGUGCAUGUGCCGGCGACGGCGGGCGUGGAACUGUGACGGAAACUGCGAGGCGAGGGAAAGGGCACGGUGAGGAGGAUAUGAGCACGUGGCUGCGUGAUGAUGAUGGUCUAAAUGGCGACUUUCAACUAGACUUCUACAGCCUGGGGCUUCCUAGAUCGUAAGCCGGCAAUCAGCAUGAUUAAGCUUGAAAUGAGGCUUGCCUACAAAGUUGGUUGAGGUAUUUAAUA